CUGAAGCAGCGGAAACGGAGUUACGGUGGCGGAACCUCGUCCGGAGAUGAUCACAAGGCUGUGGCAUUUCUGCAUUCCCAAAUCUGGUUACUAUGGCAAAAGAGCCUUCCUGGGUGUAAUGUUCCAACUUGUAAAUUAGAAUGGAAUGUGGCAGGAAAAAAAACGUGUACAAGAGAAGAGUACAAGAGAAGGACUAAAUAUGUUCAGAAAAGUCUUAAUCCUGAGUGGAAUCAAACAGUCAUUUAUAAAAGUAUCUCCAUGGAACAGCUCAAGAAGAAAACACUGGAGGUGACAGUCUGGGAUUAUGAUAGAUUUUCUUCCAAUGAUUUUCUUGGUGAGGUUCCCACCAUUGAGAAAUCCCAUAGUAGUCCCGGUAGCUCAAAAUCCUCAUCCGAAGCCCAUCUCCGCUCUCAUGGACCAUCUCGCAGUCAAAACAAAACCAGCGUCACUCAGACCCACUUGGAAGAUGCAGGGGCUGCUAUAGCCGCUGCCAAAGCCGCCGUCCAACAACUCCGCCUUCAACCAAGUAAAAGACGCAAAUAAAUUCCUCAGCAUGGCAGCUUAAUGUUCAUCUGUUGCCUUUCUUUCCUGCUGUCCUUCCCCAUUUGCUUUGUUCUGUGCAUUCCCUGCUCCCUCUGUUCUCUGUCCCUUUGUCUGUGUAGGAACAGUAUCGAUACGUAAAUAUGCUGUCUCUCAUUUAGUUCUUUUUUGUUUUAAUUUAUGUAGAAUGAAAUAAAACUGGCUGUUUCUCCUUUGUCUCCACCAUCCAUCCAACCUGGCUCAUAGUAUUUGGUAGCUGUGUCUGUGAUGUGUGCAGGCAAAACUAUGUUGUGUGUCCUUUUUGUGUGCAUUUAAAUAUCCUUUAGAAUACAGGAAUUAUAAGCACAAGUGGCUGCCAGUUUUCCAGGCAUUACACCAAAAAAAGGCACACACAUAAGCAUUCUGAGCAGAUUAGCAAUGAGAGUCUCACCUCUGAAAAACACUAAAAAAUUUUAGGCAGAAGAGUCAUGUAGCCAACAGUCAAGUUCUAUAACCUAGGGGAAAUGGAAAAACCAUUUAACGCUUAAAAUUUUUAAUAAAUUAUGCAUGUGAAAUAAUGAAGCUUUCCGUGUGAGAAACUUUCUAGUCUUUUGGGAAAAAAAUCUGUAAAGAAAAUAAUGUUUCUUAUAUUCUCAAAAAAAUAUGUAGUAUUAUUAUAUGUCUAAACAUAUUUGAUGAGGCCAUGUUACCUCAUUAAGGAGCACAGUGGGGUCCUUUCUGUUGGAUCACACUUUGUAUAUGAUACAAGAGAAUUUAUACGGUUAUUCUUUUUUCUAACCAUUGGAAAUCCUUUGGAAGUCAAGAUAUCAAUUAAAGCAUAACAAUUCAGCCAUCUUAACAGCUGUAAUUUCAAUUGAUAGAAUUAUAUAAGAACUUAGUGAGUACAGAGACUUUAAAAAUGUAGGGGCACUGUUACUUCCAAGAGGCAUCAGCCAAACAACGGAGAUAGAUGAAUGUUCUCCCCAUCUCCCAAAGUCAUCAUUUCCAAAGAAACAGCCAGUUUUAACCCCCUUUAGUGCUGUGCAUGUGGUGUCAUUUUGGCAUUUGAAAACACAACUUACUUCAAUAGAGCAAAAGAUCACUUCUGUUUGCAUGAAUAACAUUCAAGCUGGUUCCAUCUGAGGAUACAUACUCUGGGUUUCUAUUUCACCCACACUACCACAGCAGCACAUAAAAGCGGUCAGUCUAAUCAUGCCAGGAAGCAGCACAGACACAGCAUAGCAGGAGUCCUCCCCAUUCAAAGAACUCAGUCUGAUAAUCUGCCUCCACCAGCUAAUGGCAACCAAGACCAAAGCCAGCUAACCCUCAGGAAGGUGAUGUCUGAUGGACCAGUCAAGCCAGGAGGUGAGCAGAAAGGCACUAUUCAAAGUACACAGCAAGAACAUCCCCCAAAUUUAAAGCCCUCAUCUUUUAAUUUUUAGAGAUUGUC